AUGCUAAAAUUGAAGUACAUAUGGCCCGUGGCCAGAAUUGUACCUACUUGUAGGCCUUAUAUUUGUAAUCCAUUCAGAACUUUAGCUACAACCUCAAAUAUGGGUAAUACGGAGACUAAGGCCAAUAAACUGGACACAACGCCACUAAAAUUAUCAAAUGAGUUAUAUGCAGUAUUCAAGAUUCAUAAUCGUCCAUAUUUAGUAACCGAGGGUGAUAGGGUUAUUCUUCCAUUCAAAUUGAAACAAGCAGAAGUGGGCGAUAUAUUAAAUAUGACCGAUGUAACAACUUUAGGAUCCCGAAACUACAAGCUAGUUGGUUAUCCGAUUAAUAGUUCUCUGUACACUUUGAAAGCGACUGUUGUUGGGAAGACGAAGAGGGCUUUCCAGACGAGGGAGGUGACGAAGAGAAGGAAUAGACGAAUUCGUCAUGCCAACAGCAAAGGUGAUUUAACAAUUUUAAGGAUAUCAGAACUGAGUGUAAGCUGA